AUGAUUCGCCGGACAACGUCAGGCUCCGAGAAUCAGUCAUCCUCCCUUAUGAUGACGGAGGCUAACAUUGGGCGGCUCGUCUCCAAGCUGUCGCAAAUGCGCGGCGCGGCCCUGAAGUUAGGACAGUUUAUGAGCAUACAGGACACCCACGUCCUACCUCCCGACCUCGACGCCGUCUUCCGACGAGUGCAGGAUUCUGCGCAUUAUAUGCCGGAUGCUCAGUUUGAGACCGUCAUGCGCGAAGCUCUUGGAGACGACUGGAUGUCCAAUUUUGCCUCCUUCGAGCGCGUACCGUUCGCAGCGGCCAGUAUCGGGCAAGUGCACAGGGCAGAGCUGAAGGCCAGGACCAUCCCCGUCGCCGUCAAGGUCCAGUUCCCGAACAUUGCGCGCUCCAUAGCGAGUGAUUUGGGGUACCUGCGAACGCUGCUGACCGCAGGGAGGCUGUUGCCGAAGGGUCUCUUCCUCAACAAAACCCUGGAAGUCAUGAAGGGCGAGCUCGCGGACGAAUGCGACUACACCCGCGAGGCUGGCAUGGCGAGGAAGUUUAGCGGUUUUGUUGAAUCUGACUCUCGCUUUAUGGUGCCCUGGGUGUGGUCAGGGAGUACGAAGGAGGUCCUCGUCAUGGAGCGCGUAAACGGGAUCAGCAUUGGCGAAGAGCGGGUGAAGAGGUUGCCGAAGGAGAAGAGGGAUGAUAUCGCCGCCCGCGUCAUCGAGCUCUGCCUGCGCGAGCUCUUCACCUGGCGCACCAUGCAGACGGACCCGAACUGGAGCAACUUCUUGUGGGAUGAGACGGAGGACAAGAUCCAACUCGUCGACUUCGGCGCGACGCGCGAGUACAGCAAGGAGUUCAUGGAUUCUUGGCUCCGCCUCCUGCAGGCCGCCGCCUCGGGCGACCGCGACGCGUGCGUGCGCUGGAGCACGCAGGUCGGCUACCUGACGGGCGCGGAGGACGAGGUGAUGGUGGACGCGCAUGUGCGGUCGAUGACGCUUUUAGCGACGCCGUUUAGGUCCACCACCCCCAUGCCCGUCUCCUUCGGCCCCACGUCCUCCUGGGCGGACAUCACGAACGAGAUCCGCGCGCUCAUCCCGACGAUGCUGAAGCACAGGCUCACGCCGCCGCCGAGGGAGACGUAUAGUCUGAACAGGAAACUCUCCGGCGCCUUCCUCCUCGCCGCCCGGCUGGACGCGACCGUCGACACGCGCGCACUCUGGGAGAAGGUGACGGGGGAGUAUGUGUUCAGUGAUGAGGGUGACGUGUCGAGUGAUGUGCGAGGGGAGGGCAAAGGGGUGAGUGAGAAGGUGGUAGGCGGUGAUGUAGAUUGA